CAUGACAAUUGACAUUUUCAAUUUCUGUUUAUUCAUCUUCAUCAUUGUGCGGAAACUAAAAUAUUUUUGAAAAGUAUUGUUUAAGUGCGAUUCAUAAAUUAAAAAUGAGUUUAGCGGAAAUAUGCGGCUUGUCAGACUACGGCUCACACGAGAGUAGAUUGUAUAAACAUGAUUUACAACAAUUUUGCACUAAUUUCAAUAGUAACAUGAAUCUAGAAGUGCCCCCCUUUGAAAGUCCUGCCACCAACUUAUCUAGAUUUACAAAAGAUGAUACUGGAAAGGCUCUAAAAAUUAAUUUUGAUCAUGGUACCACAACCUUGGGAUUCAUGUAUCAGGGAGGAGUUGUACUUGCAGUAGAUUCCAGAGCUACUGGAGGCCAGUUUAUUGGUUCACAAACAAUGAAGAAAAUUGUAGAAAUCAAUGAUUUUCUGUUAGGUACUCUGGCUGGAGGCGCAGCAGAUUGUGUCUAUUGGGACAGAGUUUUGGCCAAGCAGUGUAGAAUGUAUGAACUCAGAAAUAGAGAACGGAUUUCAGUAGCGGCUGCUUCUAAAUUAAUGGCAAAUAUGGUUUACAAUUAUAAAGGAAUGGGAUUGUCAAUGGGUAUGAUGUUAGCUGGAUGGGACAAAAGGGGACCACAAUUGUAUUACGUGGACUCAGAAGGUCUGAGAACAGCAGGAAAAGUUUUCAGUGUUGGUUCCGGUUCCAUAUAUGCUUUUGGUGUACUAGACUCUGGGUACAAAUGGGAUCUUACGGACGAAGAAGCAUAUGAUUUGGGCCGUAGAUCGAUUUAUCACGCUACCCACAGAGAUGCGUACUCUGGUGGUAUUGUUAGAGUUUACCAUAUGAAGGAAACUGGAUGGGUACAUAUCGAUAAUAACGAUUGUAAUGACUUGCAUUACAAGUAUUUGGAUGAAAAGAAAGCUUUGGCGGGGCAGUAAUUUUAAGUCAUUUUUGAAUUAAUAUAAUUUGUAAUAAUUUCUAAAUAAAUAAUUUCAACAUG